AAAUUGAUUGAAGGAAUAAAGUUAGACAUGUCUCAAAUUGAUAAACUACAGUUAUGUUCUUCUGUUUUUGAGAACAUGUUUAGUCUUAAAUAUAUCCACUUCUAUUUUCCUCCAUUUAUUGGAAAGCAACGAAAUAAGAAGUUACAUGCAGACCAAGUUGGCGAUGUAUUUCUUCCUGAUGAGCUAAGACUUCUCUGUUGGGAGUAUUACCCAUUUAGGUCUUUAUCAUCAAGUUUUAAUCCGAAGAAUCUUAUUGUGUUAAAAUUACCUUAUGGUGAUAUGGAACAACUUUGGAAUGAAGAUGAUCAUCAGGAUCUUAUUAAUUUAAGAAAAAUUGUCCUUUCGAAUUGCAAGAAUUUAAGGAAGAUUCCUAAUCUAUUAGGAGCCGUCAACCUUGAAAUCCUUUGCUUUAAUGGGUGCAACAGUUUGGUUGAACUUCCUGGCUUCAGUGAUUUGGCAUCUCUCAAAACGGUUCAGCUUCAUGGAUGUUAUAAUCUUAAGAAGUUUCCUGAGCUCCCAAAUGAUGUUUCUUUCUUAGAUUUAGCUGAAACUGGAAUAGAAGAAGUGCCAAAUUCAAUUGAGCAUGUCGCUGGACUUGAAACAUUGUUAUUGGCAAAAUCAAAGAUAAAUAAUGUAUCGUGCAAUAUUUCGAAGUUGGAAUGCCUUCGUUAUCUGGAUUUCAGUCAUUGCCUAGUCGCCGAAUUCCCAGAAAUUCUACGAAGACCCGAAAGACCCGAGAUACAAGAACUUAUCCUUCCAUAUUCUUUGCCACCCUAUUUCCCCCUCCCUGGUAGGAGGAAGUUUCCGAUAGUUCAUGUGCCCCCCAAAAGCCUAAAGUUUAAAAGGCUUGAAUAUUUGAAAAUGGAUCAUUGCGAGAGUCUCAAAUUACUUUCGGAGCUUCCACCAUAUUUGCGGUACUUGGAUGCACAUGGCUGCAAAUCGCUAGAAAAAGUAUCGUUCACAGAUCGAAAUCGAGAUCUAUAUGAACUCUAUUCUUUUUACGGUAAAGAUGAGUUCUUUAUGAUAUUCUCUGAUUGCUUCAGCUUGAAUCAAGAUUCAAUUAAAAACAUUGAAGGAAAUGCCAUGCAAAAAAUUGAAUCACUUGUAAAGAAAUGGGAAUGCAAAUAUGAUUAUGGUCCAAAAUCAUUGUUUUGCUGUUUCCCAGGGAGCGAAAUUUCGGCCAGUAAAUUCGAGUAUCAGAGGAUGAAUUCUUCGUUGAAGUUGAAGAUAACCCCAAACGAGUUUAGUGGGAGCAGAGUCUUGAGUUUUGCUAUCUGCCUUGUGGUUGAUCUCACGCAUUGCCAUAAAUACAAUAGAGAUCUUCGAGGUAUCUGUGAAUACCAACUAACAGCCUUCGAUGGUUGUUAUGAAAAGUUCGAAUGUGAGUGGGGUUACAAGCUAGAUUUUGAGUUACAUCGAAAGUACAUGGGUGAUCACGUGUUGAUUCUAUUCAGUGACAAACUGAUUAAAAAAGACGACGAUUAUGUGGAGGCAUCAUUUGAAUUUUAUAUAAAAAAAUGCUACUACAAAGGCGAUGCUGAAGUUGAUGACAUCAAGGUCAAAAAAUGCGGUGUUCAUGUAUAUUAUGUGGCUGAAAACUACAAAGGUCCAAUUAGUCCUUAUACCAUGCAAAUGUGAGGACCCGAUCAUCGGUGGUUCAUUGGAGCCCCUCCAACGGAGCAUCAGAACUUAACGUCAGCGCUGGCCACGGGGGAAAACAGUAAAAUCACUAGGGACAACGGAAACAAUUAGGGGGAAAAGGAGGAAAUUUGUUCAUGACUAAAAGGGUUGAUAUUGCAUCUCUUCCUUAGGUGCUAAGGGAAUGAAGAUGGAAGUGACUGCUGUAAGCAAAUCAUAUGAGAAAACAGAAAGCCAAGAGGGAACUAAUAGCAGAUCUUUGGAAAGGCCAUUAUACUUUGAGCUUUAGGUAUACAAAAUAUCAGAGGAACAUAUUGCUUUGUUUUUGGACCUACAGAGGAACCGUAUGCUCUUGAGAAUUUAGCCUUCCUAUUGAGCAUUGGCCUGCAAUGCAACAUUGGACCAGCAGUAGCUCAUGAAGAUUGGCAGCAUUGAAGCCGAACCAAAAGCAGCCCUAGCAUUUUGUUUCUUUUGUUCAAAUGUAACUUGUUCUAGUUGGUUUGUAACUUGUAAUCAAAGUUAGUAAGAUUUUUUGAUGUAAUGGAUGUAAUGGCUGAUUAUAUCAGCUUACUUGUGUAUGUGGUUUAAAUUUGUUUUUGUUAAGUAUUAGUGGGAGUAGUUAAGUUAUUAGGUAUAUGUCCAUUGACUUUGUAAUUCAUAUAAGUUACCAUUUUAUGCAACGAAAAAGAUGAAUUUUUCAGUC